AUGUAUUUUUAUUUUGUAGGUAGAGAUGAAGGACGAUUAGUAUAUGAUCUCCUAGAGAAAACUGGUUAUAAUCCAUUAAUCCGCCCAGUGGAAAACGUGUCGCAAUCGUUGCUUGUCAACUUUUCUUUGGCACUGAGUCAGAUUAUCAAUGUGAACGAAAAGGAGCAAGUAAUGAAAACGAAUGUGUGGUUGCAAAUAUAUUGGUAUGAUUAUCAAUUGGCUUGGGACCCUGCUGACUAUUCUAAUAUAGAAGUAUUUAGAAUUCGACCAGAAUCUGUUUGGACUCCAGAUAUAGUAUUAUUUAACAAUGCUGACGGUCAUUACGAAGUAUCAUACAAAUCUAACUGUGUUAUUUAUAAUACAGGGGAAGUUAAUUGGAUACCCCCAGCUAUAUAUCAAAGUUCCUGCUCGAUAGAUGUGCUUUAUUUUCCAUUUGAUCAGCAAACAUGUCUCAUGAAAUUCGGAUCAUGGACAUUUCGUGGCAACUCUUUAAAUUAUGUGUUUAAAAAUGGAAAUAAUAAAUUGGAUUUCACGGAUUACCUGAAAAGUGGUACAUGGGACAUUAUCGAUUGUCCUGGAGAGAUAGUCAAUGUCACAGACCCCUCAACUGGACAAUUGGAACAACAGAUAAUAUUCAAAAUCAUCUUACGCAGAAAAACUCUCUUUUACACAGUGAACCUCAUUAUACCAUGCGUAUUAAUAUCAUUUGUGAGUGUUUGUGUAUUCGCGCUUCCAGCAGAUGCAGGUGAAAAAAUCACGUUGUGUAUAUCCAUUUUGCUUGCUUUAGUUGUGUUCUUGCUCCUGAUUUCCAAAAUUUUACCCCCUUCGUUGAAAAUUCCUCUUAUAGCCAAAUAUUUAUUAUUUACGUUUAUCAUGAAUAUUAUAGCUAUUUUUAGUACUGUGGUGAUUAUAAAUCGAAAUUAUAGAACUCCGAGAACUCAUCGGAUGCCAGAUUGGGUGCGCAUUGUGUUUUUAAAAUAUAUGCCAAUAUUUUUAUUUAUGAAGAGACCUGACCAUGACGAGCGAUGGAAGAAAAAAAGCUUCUCUCCUCCACCGUCGUAUCAGCCAACUCCUGAAACAAGACGUGUCAAUCUAAAUAUGAGAACUUCAGAGCUCAUGGAACUGACUGAAAUGCAUCAUCCGCAUUGUAGACUCAAUACAAAAUUGAAUUCUAUGGAGAGACCUACACAAGGCAAUAGUGACGAACACGAUAACAAAGUUAUAAAUAUGACGCCAGAAUUAUUCAGGGCGACAGAGGCUGUGAGAUUUAUUUACCAACAUUUACGAACAGAGGAAGAUUAUGAAACGAUUUUAGACGAUUGGAAAUAUAUGGCUCGAGUUCUAGAUCGUUUGAUGUUAGUUAUCUUUUUAACCGUAACAUUUGGUGGCACGGUAGGAAUAAUGAUGGACGCUCCUCAUAUACUUGAAUUUGUAGACCAGGACACUAUCAUUGAAAACAUCAUGGCACAAUUUAACACAUAG